AUGGUACAGACUGAGCCCUGCUCCCUGCCUCUGAGUUGUAUCAAUCUGGGCAUCUCCGAGACACUUGUUGGGACUCAGGGACUGGAUGAGAGUGAGGCUAGGAGACCAUCCCAGGUCAGGACUUGGGGCCAGGGUCAACAACUCUGCCUGAGAGGCCAGCAGCUUUGCUCUGCCAGCCUUUCCCACCAGGGACACAGGGAUCCGAAUUUCCGCCAAGGUCCCAGCCCACUGCCUUUCAGCCUGACCUGCUCAUCGUUUGCCGGCUGGGUGACCAUGCAGGAGGGUGGGUGUCCUGGAACAGUGACGCCAGGGACACACGGCACGGUGAUGUCCCGCUGCCCACCAGCCGCCAUGCAGAGCCUGGGGGGCGCUCACACAGGCCCUCCCCACUGCCCUGCGGAGCAAAGGGGCCCCGCCCUCUGCAACAUGCAGCCCGAGCCCACCCUAGGCCUGCCUUCCGGGCCACCUCCCGGCGCGGGGGGUGGGGGUCCACUCAUACCCCCACGCAGCCCCGGUUCCUGGGAACGCAGACAGCGGGGUCGGAGAGGCCUGGCCGACGGGCCUACCCACCCUGCGCUGUGCAGGGAGGGAAGCUGGGGCAAGAGAGGCGGGGCCAUGGGGCGCACUGGUUUCAGAAUCAGGGUGGGACCUCAGGCCUUCGUUCGCGGGGACUUCGGGCUGGAACAGGGCCUCAGAGACCCCGCCGGAGGCCUCCUGGCUCCACACGGGCGGGUCGGUCCGAAGCGGCCCCUCCGCUCCCGUGGCGCUGGGAGGGGCGCUCUGCCCACCGCAGCCCCACCCGGAGCCCGUUCCGGCGGGGCCGCCCGGCUAGAGGGGGGGCUCCGGGCGCCCGUGGUCUGUGCCCGGGAACCCAGGCCUCUGCGGCCCGUCCAUCCCGGCUUCUUCCCCCGGGGCCAAAGGGCCUCCGUCGGGCUCCAGCCGGGACCUGCGGGUGCUGCUCGGACCCCGUCCCCUGCGCAGCAGCGUCCGACGCCAAAGCGUCUGGAAUACAUGAUUGGACUAGAUACACUCAGCAACCAGAAGAACCCCCAAUCCGGUCCCCUGACCCAUGGAGUGAAAGCUGCUGUGGCAGGAGAGGCCGAGUGGAAGCCGCUAGAACCGCCUCUGUCUUUUGACAAAAACAGUGAACCGAAGCAAUACUGUGUUCCCGCGGAGACUGCCAAGAUCAGUGUCACCACCAGAGACUGGAAACCACAUCCCCACUCAGGUCACCUGUGUGGUGUGUGGAACACCUUAGAGAACAUCCUUAGAGAACGACAGUGGGUUAUCAUCAGUUUAAUCAGGUUGCGACUCCAAGUGCAGCUGCUGUUUCCACAUGUGGCUGUGAUGCUGAGCAAAUCAACAUUAUCUGGUACCUGA